CGGAGAUAAUGCACCCAAGCCAAGCGACUCCUCUCUUUCUCUCUCUCCUCCCGUUCCGGCUCCCGCGAACCGGAAAUGGCGCUGCUGCUAACCUCACAUCCUUCGCUUCUCCUCAAACACCCCAAAACGCUUCGUCUCUACUCUCUCCGUUCCCUAAAUCCUUCUUUAUCCUUCUCCCUAACCUCCCCAAGCUCCAAAUUCUCUUUCCUUCGUGUCCGUUCUUCAUUAUCCGGCGAAACUCCCGAUCAAUUCCCCGGUCGAUAUUCAGUAAACAAGCCUCCAAAAAAUCAAAUUUCCAAUAAGAAAUCCUCUGCCAAAUCUUCCGGGAAGAUCUACGCUGAGCAGAAAGAUGAUGGGACUUCUUCUGCGGGCAUUACCGACGAAUGGGGAGAGAAAGCUGAGCCCGAAGCAGAGACUUCGUACACGAAGUUCUCUGAUGCUGAUCCUCCCAAAGAUGAAGACGAAUGGGAAGGAAAUAAGGAGAGCGCGUCAGGGAAUGGCAGUGCGGCCUUGUACGAUAAGCUUGGGGACUUGAAGCGGAGCUUGGUUGAUACUGUUUAUGGUACUGAUUUUGGGUUCCAAGCGUCUGCAGAAGUUAGAGCGGAGGUUUUGGAAUUGGUUAAUCAGCUGGAAUCUUCGAAUCCCACUCCUGCUCCCUUGGAGGCUACAUCCCUUCUUGAUGGAAACUGGAUAUUACUGUACACGGCAUUUUCCGAGCUCUUGCCUCUUCUGGCAGCUGGGACAACUCCAUUAUUUAAGAUUAAAAGGAUAUGCCAAAAGAUCGACACCAAAAGCCUCGCCAUAGAGAACUCCACUGCACUCUCUAGUCCUUUUGCUACUUUCUCCUUUAGUGCGUCUGCUACUUUUGAAGUCCGAGGUCCUUCAAAAAUGCAGGUCAAAUUCACGGAAGGGGCCUUCCAGCCACCAGAAAUAAAGUCUACUGUUGAUCUUCCUGAAAAUGUAGAAAUUUUUGGGCAGAAGAUUGACUUAGCACCCAUACAGCAGUCUCUCAAGCCUCUGCAAGAUGCUGUAGCAAGCAUUUCUCGGGCAAUCUCUGGCCAGCCACCUCUCAAGCUUCCAAUUCCAGGGGAAAGGUCUCAGUCCUGGUUGAUAAUAACAUACCUGGAUAAAGAUCUUCGGAUAUCAAGAGGCGAUGGUGGCUUGUUUAUUCUUGCAAAAGAAGGUAGUUCCCUGCUAGAUCAGUAGCCAUCAAUUUCAUGUAACCCCCCCCCCCCUGUCUCUGCUGAAAUCCAAUAAAUUUUGUGUAUUCCAUUGUACUGUUGUGUUCUAUACAUCUAUGGUUUUUCUAUUGCUGUGUACUGUAAUGUACAUCUGUAAGUUUUCUAUUAGGCAUCAAUGGACAAAAAGAAUUCCUUUACCACA